UAGCCGUUAGCGGUGGGAGCCUGUCCGGGCGGAAUGGGAAUGGUGACAUGCCGACUGUGUGGAAGCGGAUCGUUUUCUCUGUGGGCUCCGUCCUCAGCCUCGGCUCGGUGGCGCUGCUGGUCGUGGCGCUCUCCACCGAGCGCUGGAUAACCGGGACGAUCCUGUGUCAGACCGGAGUAGACCUCGUCAACGCGUCCAGCCCGGAGCUCUCGCAGUUCACCGGAGAUGUUUACUACGGGCUCUUUCAGGGCGGGAAGACCCGGAAAUGCGGUCUCGGGAGCCGCCGUUAUAAAAUAUACAUUUUCCCAAGACUGAUAAGGAAGGUCAAUGGUGGUCUUCAUAUGAUCAUAAUCUUUUUCCAUUUCAUCGCUAUUGGCUUUGCACUGUUGAGUCUGGCAUUCUGCAUUUACAAUGCCAGAAAGGUGCCCUACCAGUCCAUCAAAGGACCUCUAGGUCUCUACCUCUGGAACUUUAUAGCAGCUCUCUUCAGUUCACUUGGGUUUGCCUGUUUCAUCGCAGCAGUUCGGUGCCAUCGUUUGACGGAACGUGUUGCAAACUUUCGCGAGAACCUGUUCCACCUUGUGGUUCUAGAAGAGAACCUAGGAUUCUCAUUCUGGCUGUGUGUUGCCAGCGCAGUAACACAUGGAGCCAACAUUUUGGUGGUGGCUUCAAGCAGAAUUCAUCUGCCCAAAAUACAGACCAAAAAACCAGAGGAACCUACCAUCACAGGAGACGAUCUUCUGUAUUAAGAAAACUGGCAGACUGACUUAAGAAGAAUCAGUCAUGUGCAGUCUUACGUUUUCCCCAUUUGUUGCCUCAAAAUGGUGCACUCUUCAAGAUAAAGCCAUGAGGGUG